AUGAUGAGAGCGGCUUCAGUCCCAACCAUGGCGAAGACGGUUUCGGUCUCAAUCUUGACAAAGACACCCUCGGUCUCGAACAUGGUGAAGACGACCUCGACUCCGGCUGUGGCGAGGACUCCUUCAGUCCCGAACGUGGUGAAGACGACCUCGGCUUCGGCGAAGGCGAGGAUGCCUUCGGUCCCAGCCCCGAAGUCGAAGACGCAACAGGCCAUCCCAAAGAUACGAUGA